AAACAACCCCAGUCAGCAUCAUCUGACCGUCUCUCCCAGUGCCACCAUGCUGGCCUCAGGGUUGCUUCUGGUGGCUUUGCUCACCUGCCUGACCACAAUGGUCUUGAUGUCUGUCUGGAGGCAGAAGAAACUCUCGGGGAAGCUUCCUCCGGGACCCACCCCAUUGCCCUUCAUUGGAAACUACCUGCAGCUGAAUACACAGCAGAUGUACAACUCUCUCAUGAAGAUCAGCGAGCGAUAUGGCCCAGUCUUCACGGUCCACCUGGGGCCCCGGCGCAUCGUGGUGCUGUGUGGACACGAGGCGGUGAAGGAGGCUCUGGUGGACCAGGCUGAGGAGUUCAGCGGCCGAGGCGAGCAGGCCCUCUUCAACUGGCUCUUCAAAGGCUAUGGCUUGGCAUUCAGCAACGGGGAGCGGGCCAAGCAGCUCCGGCGCUUCUCCAUCACCACGCUGCGGGACUUUGGAGUGGGCAAGCGCGGCAUUGAGGAGCGCAUCCAGGAGGAGGCGGGCUUCCUCAUCGAGGCCCUCCAGGGCACACGCGGUGCCUUCAUCGAUCCCACCUUCUUCCUGAGCCGAACAGUGUCCAAUGUCAUCAGCUCCAUUGUCUUUGGGGACCGCUUUGACUAUGAGGACAAAGAGUUCCUGUCACUGUUGCGUAUGAUGCUGGGAAGCUUCCAGUUCACAGCUACCUCUAUGGGGCAGCUCUAUGAGAUGUUUUACUCAGUGAUGAAGCACCUGCCAGGGCCACAGCAACAGGCAUUUAAGGAGCUGCAGGGUCUGGAGGACUUCAUAGCCAAGAAGGUGGAGCAGAAUCAACGCACCCUGGACCCCAACUCCCCGAGGAACUUCAUCGACUCCUUCCUCAUUCGCAUGCAGGAGGAGCAGAACAACCCCAACACGGAGUUCUACAUGAAGAACCUGGUGCUGACCACACUGAACCUCUUCUUUGCGGGCACUGAGACGGUCAGCACAACCCUGCGGUACGGCUUCCUGCUGCUCAUGAAGCACCCAGAGGUGGAGGCCAAGGUCCAUGAAGAGAUUGACCGGGUGAUUGGCAAGAACCGUCAGCCCAAGUUUGAGGACCGGGCCAAGAUGCCCUACACAGAGGCGGUGAUCCAUGAGAUCCAAAGAUUUGGAGACAUGAUCCCCAUGGGCCUGGCCCGCAGAGUCACCAAGGACACCAAGUUUCGAGAGUUCCUCCUCCCCAAGGGCACUGAAGUGUUCCCUAUGCUGGGCUCCGUGCUGAGAGACCCCAAGUUCUUCUCCAACCCCCGAGACUUCCACCCCCAGCACUUCCUGGAUGAGAAUGGGCAGUUUAAGAAGAGUGAUGCUUUUGUGCCCUUCUCCAUUGGAAAGCGGUACUGUUUUGGAGAAGGCCUGGCUAGAAUGGAGCUCUUUCUCUUCCUCACCACCAUCUUGCAGAACUUCUGCUUCAAGUCCCCGCAGCUGCCCCAAGAUAUCGACGUGUCCCCCAAGCUCGUGGGGUUUGCUACCAUCCCACGAAAUUACACCAUGAGCUUCCAGCGCCGCUGACCAAGGGCUGUGGGAGCGCAGGGCUAAGGGGAAGAACAAGGUGGAGGGAGGAAUCAGGGGUGGGGCUACUGAAUCGGGUGGGGUUAAGGGAAGGGCGGGGCUAGUAGGGGGGAGGUGACUUAGGGGGAAUGAAGGCACAAGGUGAAUAGGAGAGGAAGAGGAAAGGAAAGGCCUUUUGUCUGUUGACUUUGCUGCAGAUAGAUCCUUAAGAGGUGGGGUAAGAGGGAGAACCUUACACUCUACUGUUAAUAAUAAUAAUAAUAAUAAUAAUAACGCUUAAUUAUUUAUUGUAUCAAAUUAUGCAUCAGUUCUGUGCUAAAAGCGUCACUUACAUCACUUAAUGCUCACAAACCUAUGUGCCAGGGAACGGUGUUCAUGUCCAUUUUACAGGUGUCAAAGCUUAACUGAUUCCCAAGGAAUCUACAGCAAGAACAAAAAAAUCCUCUUUAUUAUUAAUGAGUUUAGUAAGGUCACUAAACAUACAAAAGUCUUUUUCUGUUGUUGUUUUUCUAUAUAUUUUAGAAAACCAAAAUUAAAAACACAAUAACACUUUAGUCACUGAAAAAAACAAAAUACUUAAGUAUAAAUCUGACAACACGUGUACCGAGCCUGUAUGGUAAAAAUUACAAAAUACUGAUGAAAGAAAUAAAAAAUAUAUAUAUUUUUUAAAGAUUUUAUUUAUUUAUUUGACAGAGAGAGACACAGCAAGAGAGGCAGCACAAGCAGGGGAAGUGAGAGAGGGAGAAGCAGGCUUCCUGCCUAGCAGGGAGCCCAAUGUGGGGGCUCGAUCCCAGGACCCUGGGAUCAUGACCUAAGCUGAAGGCAGAUGCUUAACGACUGAGCCACCCAGGUGCCCCAGAAAUAAAAAAUAUUUUUAAAGAUUUUAUUUAUUUGAGAGAGAGAGAGAGAAAGAAUGAGCACAAGUAGGGGGAAGGGGCAGAGGGAGAGGAAGAAGCAGACUCCCCACUGAGCAGGGAGCCCUAUGUGGGACUUGAUCCCAGGACCCUGGGAUCAGGACCUGAGCCGAAGGUAGAUGCUUAACUGACUGAGCCACCCAGGCGCUCCGAAAUAAAAUAUUUUUUAAAUAAAUAGACAUACUAUGUUCAUAGAUUGGAAGAUCAGUACAGUAAAGAUGCCAACUUCCCCCAAAUUGGUUUAACACAAUUAUUAUAGAAAUGACAGCAAGAUUUUUUUGGUAUGGAUUUAGACAUUUAUUUGAAAAUUUAUAGGAAGGCAAAGGAAGAGCUAAAACAGUUUUAAAGAAGGGUAAAGAGUGAAGAAACACACUUUCUGAUUUGUUCCCUUGGGAUUCAGAAAAAGCUCUGUUUAGAGAUAAGUUUGUAGCCUUACAUUUUCAUAUUGGAGAGGAAGGAAAUCUAAAAAUUAAUGUAAAAAUUAAGUGUCCAUCUUUAAAAGUUAGAAAACGGCCUCCUGGGUGGUUCAGAUGGUUAAGCGUCUGCCUUCGGCUCAGGUCAUGAUCCCAGGGUCCUGGGA